AAGUGUAACUAUCUGUAAUAUUAAAUGCAGAAUAAUUAGCAGGAACAAUUUAAAUAUCCAAUUUGUAUACUAACAUAUGGGUCAUUUCUUUGCAAUUGUUUUCUGUAAUAAAUAUUUAUAUUUUGUGUUGUAUCGAAAACGAUUUUUUAGCGAGAAUUGUGUAUAAAAGCUCAGUUUUUGUGAAAAUACAGUACUCAUUUAAAAAUGAAGAAUUUUGUUGUCCUUAUCGUAUUAAGUUUUCUCUUGGUUGUUGUCCUUCAAGUAGAGGCGAUUCGUGAGUGUCCUCCCAACUCCCAUUCAGGAUGCAAACCUUGUUGUCCAGAUCCAACUUGCACCGACAGGACACCAACAUGUCCGCCAAAAAAGCCCUGUAAAGAGUUAAGUCCACCUAAGUGUCAACUUCAAUGUAGAUGUAAUCCAAGUCAUAUAAUGAAUAAGAGCACUGGAGUGUGCGUUAUGCCCAUGCAGUGCCCUCGACCUCCAGUUGGUAAUUAAAAAUAUAAUACCAAUAGGGCCCCAAAAACCAGUUGGAAAAUAAAUGUAUAAAGGUAGAAACAAUUAGUUCAGUUUUAUAAAAAUAAAUAGUUAUUGUUAUAUUUAUCAUUAAA